AUGUACACUCACAGCCAAAGCAGGGGAGCCGUCUCUCAAACAUUGAUAAUCGUGGAUUUUCUUCAUCUCCAAGUAGUGUGUACUUCCCAAGGCAUGCCUGGCAACGACAAAAUUCAUCUGACCUUCCUUGAAGCUUUUCGGCAUUCGCAGAUAUAUAACUCUUGUUGCAAUGGCUUAAUGAAUACUGGUGCUAAGAACAAGUCAUCUCAGGCAACACCUGUGCAGAUCAGACAUGACAAGUUUGAUGAUCUUUGGCUGUAA